CUCAGACACACACACGUGAGGCAAAUUAAAUAUAGAAGUAAAUAAAAUAAUUAUUAUUGUUAUUUAUAGAGAGUUGAAAUCAAUCAAGAUGGUGAGAACCCCUCAUCGAUGUGAGAAAAGUGGAGUGAGGAAAGGAACAUGGACACCUGAGGAAGAUACCAAGUUGAUUGCUCAUCUCACUAGGUUUGGUCACCCCACCAAUUGGCGCCAACUACCCAGAGCUGCAGGUCUUGCAAGGUGUGGAAAGAGCUGCAGAUUAAGGUGGAUGAAUUAUUUAAGGCCAGAUGUCAAAAGAGGGAAUUAUACACAAGAAGAAGAUGACACUAUAGUCAAACUACACAAUCAGUUUGGUAAUAGAUGGUCCAUGAUUGCGUCUCACUUACAUGGAAGAUCAGACAACGAGAUAAAGAAUCGGUGGCACUCCCAACUUAAGAAGCGAUUCCAACACACUUCAGCCUCCAAUUCAAAUAAUCAUAAUGCCUUAAUUGAAUCAACAGAAGAAGACAUAGUGAAUAAUAAUCAUAAUAAUAAUGCCACUACAAAUGAAUACCCUUAUAGUAAUCUUCACAACACUACUUCUCCAGCUUCUUCUCAAAGCGAUACAUAUGACAAUUUUUCUCCAUUGAGUGACUUUUUCUACACACCUGCGGUGGAUCUUGCUGCACCAUUUGGUAAUAACUCGGUUUUGGCUAUUGAUAAUGAUGAUCACUAUGCUAAUUUCCUGGAUAAUAUGGUACACAGUAACAUAGUGCCAAUUGGUGCAGAUUAUGUUUGGACUCAACAGGAUUAUUCAAGUCCAAUCUAUGAGGUACAACUUUGGGGUCUAUAGGAAUAAUUUGUAAGGGAGGAAAAUGUCAUUGCCUUAACGAAUAUAUUUGGGAAUUGAAAUGAACGCAGACUUUUCCGUAAUAACUAUACAAGGCGUGUAAAAUCUUAUCAGAAGUAAUUA